AUGAGAAUGGGUGUUCUUCUUUCUCUACUACUUGUGUUCACCUUGUUGUUUGUAACCCAAUCUAAGAGUAGACCACCAGCACACAAUGUUUUCUCUGUCACUGACUACGGUGCAGUUGGUGAUGGAAAAAAUUACGAGACACAACAAAUUCAGGCAGCAAUAGAUGCAUGUCAUGAUGCUGGUGGUGGUACUGUAAGAUUUCCAAGAAGCAGAUAUUUAGUUGGGACACUUUUUCUGAAAUCAGGAGUGGUAUUAAACUUGGGUAACGCCAGGAUUCAUGGUGGGACGAGGAUGGAGGAUUAUCCCACAGACCCACACAGAUGGUAUGUUAUAUUGGCCGAGAACGCAACAAAUGUUGGCAUCACUGGUGGGACGAUUAAUGGUCAAGGUAGAAAGUUUAUUGAAAAAUUUGAUGAGAAAGCGAGUGUCAUGAAGAGUUGGAACACAACAGGUGUGUGUCACGGUGAUAAAUGCAGACCGAGACUGGCUGGAUUUUUUGAUUGCAGGAACGUCAACAUUUCUGCUAUUACACUCAGAAUUCCGGCUAUUUCAAACUUACACAUAGUACGGUGUGACAACACAAUCCUAGAUGGUGUAACCUUAGAAAGUCAUUUUUAUAUCCCGCACAACCAUGGAAUACAUGUAGUGGAUUCAAAUAAUACUCUCAUCAAUGAUAUCUUUAUCGACAACGGAGGCAAUGCCAUCACUGUGAAGACAGUCAGAGGUCCCGUUUAUAACUUAACAGUGACAAAGUCUUAUCUGAGGACUAAAUUAUCAGCUAUCAAAUUUGGAAGCGGUAGCAGGUUCGAUUUCAAAGGUAUCAAGUUUCACAACAUAGACAUUGACGACUGUCAUCGAGGAAUCACAAUGCAAUUACAUGAAGGAGGUAGUGUUUCCGUUGUUCAUAAUCUAGUUUUUACUUGUUUCCGGUGCCCAAAGAUAUCCAGUGUUAAAUACCUUUGUUUAUACAUCUAUGCAGGAAUGGCAAGCGAUAUAACUUUCUCGAAAAUAACUUUCUCGAAAAUAAUCAUGAAUCCAAGUCAAGAUCUGUGGAGAAGAGCUGAACCAAUUUACAUCACCACUUGUUCACAAGACUCCAAAUCGAGAAUCUCUAACCUGAGGUUCAUCAACAUUUCAGCUCACUCUGAGAAGGGAGUCGUCUUAUCUGGUGGUUCAAGACGCGAAGCAGUCCUGCGAAAUAUCAAGUUCAUGAAUGUCAAUCUAACUUACUAUAGUACAAACUUGACAGAUAAUGCUGAAGUCGAAAACGGAUCAGGUGGGUGCGGCCGAGGUCAUUCUUCAGCUGGGAUUAGAUUGGAGCACAUUGAUGGUUUACUUAUUGAGAACAUGAUUAUGAGAUGGAUAAAUAUUGCCAGGCAGUCGGAAAGCGCGUUGUGGAAGAACGUCAACACUUUUGACUUCCAACCCUCCACAGUGAAUAAUGUUUCAAUUCGCAGCUUUAGUUCCUACUCAGAGUAG